AUGGCAGACGAAAUAACAAAAGCAUUAGUCAUAGAUAAUGGCUCGGGCAUGUGCAAAGCCGGAUUCUCUGGCGACGACGGCCCCAGAGCAGUGUUCGCCAGCAUAAUAGGAAAGCCAAGGCACCAGGGCGUCAUGGUGGGCAUGGGGCAGAAGGAGUCCUAUGUGGGAGAAGAAGCCCAGACAAGAAGAGGCAUCCUGACCCUCAAGUACCCCAUCGAGCACGGAAUAGUGAACGACUGGGACGCAAUGGAGAAAAUAUGGCACCACACCUUCUACAACGAGCUAAGAGUCGCCCCAGAAGAGCACCCCGUCCUUAUGACUGAAGCCCCUCUGAACCCAAAGCUCAACAGAGAGAAAAUGACGCAGAUUAUGUUCGAGACCUUCAACUGCCCCUCUUUCUACGUAGCCAUCCAGGCUGUCCUCUCCCUCUACUCCAGCGGGCGCACGACAGGAAUUGUCCUGGACUCAGGCGACGGUGUGACGCACACAGUGCCCAUCUACGAAGGAUACUCCCUGCCCCACGCCAUCUCUCGUCUUGACCUUGCAGGAAGAGACCUGACAGACUACCUUAUGAGAAUUCUCACAGAGAAGGGAUACACGUUCACCACCACAGCAGAGCGUGAAAUCGUCAGAAGUAUUAAGGAGUCCCUGUGCUACGUUGCUCCGUCGUUUGAAGAAGAGCUUGCAAAGCCGUCCAGCGAGCUGGAGAAGAGCUACGAGCUGCCAGACGGCCAGAGCAUCACCAUCGGAAACGAGAGAUUCAGAGCCCCCGAGGCGCUCUUCCAGCCCAGCUUCAUGGGGCUUGAGACCGCAGGUAUCCACGAGACGUGCUUCAACUCCAUCAUGAAGUGCGACGUGGACAUCAGAAAAGACCUGUACGCAAACAUUGUGCUGUCCGGAGGAACAACUCUGUACGCUGGAAUGCCCGAUAGAAUGCAGGACGAGAUUGCAAAGCUCGCACCUGCAUCCAUGAAGGUGAAGGUAGUCGCCAACCCAGAAAGGAAAUACAGUGUGUGGAUUGGAGGAUCUAUCUUGGCUUCUUUGGGAACUUUCCAACAGAUGUGGAUCAGCAAGGCUGAGUACGACGAGUGCGGGCCUUCUGUUGUCCACAGAAAGUGCUUUUAA